AUGUUUAGCAAGGACGCAUUUGACUCUCUCCCGCCAGAGGCCAGGAAAGAGCUUGCCAGCUUGGCAGAGAAGUACAAGAGAGGCGAAAUUUCUGUGCCUGACUACAAGAAAUCGUGCACUGACAUAAUCGCAGAGCACCAAGAGGAGCAGUUUCAAGAGGAGGCCUUGCACGGGUCCAGAAGAGGACGGCCUUCGGGGAAGGACGACCAGAAGCCAGAGUACAUGAGCGACAUAAUCCACUAUGCUGGCGUAAACCUCAAGGAAGAGGCCCAGCACAUUGCAAAGGAGGCGGAGGACAGCCUGCCUCUUGACGACACAAAGGGGAAAGUGUACGACUACAAAAACACGAUCGAAUCGCUUUUUGACGGAAGAAUAUACACGUACUUUUUGGAAAAAAUAGGAAAACUGCGGGACAUUGGAGUCAGCGACGACGCUUCCCUGCUGGUGUUUCAGGCCUCAAAAAGAAAAAUACUCGAGCUCUUGGAAAAGAUGAUCCAGCAGAGCAAGGUGCGGAUGGACAUAUCUAGAAACGACUAUCUGAUACGGAUCGAGAACGACAAGCGGAGGCAGAUGUGGUUCUUGGAGCAGGAGGAGAAGCUGGAGAUGGACAAGUAUAGGCAGAAAAAAGACGGCGACGAGGCAGAGGGAAAGAAAAAGUGGAGAAAGGCCUUGCAGGACAGAGAAGACUUGAUCAUAAAGAAAAGGCUUAGCAACAACGUGGCUCUUGCUGCACUGGGAAGCCAGCCCAAAAGCUGGAUGUCGGCAGGAGCGCAGGGAACAGACGAUGGAUCUGCUCCGUAUUUGACGCUUUUCCAGGGCUCGGAUGAGCGAUCGCAGAAAAGCAGCACCCGCGUGAUUGUAAAGGAAGACCUUCUGAACGUGCUGGCCAGAGACAAAAGAUAUAAUAAGUCCAUAUUUACGAUAAAGCACACAUACUUGUAG